GAUUAGCCGCGGGAAACCAAGACGUCGAGUCCCGUUCUGCAUGUUAAACUACAACUCCCAGCAAGCCUUGAGACUAAUCGCGGCAGUCAUCUUCGGGCUUUCUUACUGGUCCUGCCGGGGAGGAAGGCUUUUUGAUUGGUUGAGGGUGGAGUUUGUAUCCGUAGGUUUAGCGCCACUCCACUGGCGGAGGCUGUGCAGUGUUUGCGGCUCCUGGUGGUCUCACGCGAGUCAUCAUCAGUCCCACAGCAGCACCUCCUCGAAGGCUCAUGACAGUGCUUCCUGUUCACAGUCCCAGGGUGGCUUCAGCCAGCCCCAAGGCACUCCUUCUCAGUUGCACGAGCUCUCACAGUAUCAGGGUUCGUCCAGCUCCUCUACCGGCACAGUGCCGUCCUCCAGCCAGUCCUCGCACUCCAGUUCUGGGACUCUGAGCUCGCUGGAGACAGUGUCUACCCAGGAACUCUGUUCUAUUCCUGAGGACCAAGAACCUGAAGAACCUGGUCCUGCCCCUUGGGCUCGGCUAUGGGCUCUUCAGGAUGGAUUCUCCAAUCUAGACUGUGUUAACGACAACUACUGGUUUGGGAGAGAUAAAAGCUGUGAAUAUUGCUUCGAUGGACCACUGUUGAGAAGGACGGACAAGUACCGGACUUACAGCAAGAAGCAUUUUCGUAUUUUCAGGGAAAUGGGCCCUAAAAAUUGUUACAUCGUAUACAUAGAGGAUCACAGUGGAAAUGGAACCUUCGUAAAUACCGAGCUUAUUGGGAAAGGCAAACGCUGUCCUCUGAGUAACAACUCUGAAAUCGCACUUUCACUAUGUAGAAAUAAAGUUUUUGUAUUUUUUGAUCUGACUGUAGAUGAUCAGUCAGUUUAUCCUAAGGAAUUAAGAGACGAAUACAUCAUGUCAAAAACUCUUGGAAGUGGUGCGUGUGGGGAGGUAAAGAUGGCUUUUGAGAGGAAGACAUGUCAGAAAGUGGCCAUAAAGAUCAUUAGCAAGCGGAGGUUUGCUCUUGGCUCAUCGAGAGAAGCCGACACAGCUCCCAGUGUGGAAACUGAAAUAGAAAUUUUGAAGAAACUAAAUCAUCCAUGCAUCAUCAAGAUUAAAGAUGUUUUUGAUGCGGAAGAUUAUUACAUUGUUCUGGAACUGAUGGAAGGAGGAGAACUAUUUGACCGGGUGGUGGGGAACAAGCGCCUGAAAGAAGCCACCUGUAAGCUCUACUUCUACCAGAUGCUUGUAGCUGUACAGUACCUUCACGAAAAUGGGAUCAUACAUCGGGACUUAAAGCCGGAGAAUGUUCUUUUAUCAUCUCAGGAAGAGGAUUGUCUAAUCAAGAUCACUGACUUUGGGCAGUCCAAGAUCUUGGGGGAGACCUCCUUGAUGAGAACCUUAUGUGGUACGCCCACUUAUCUGGCUCCUGAGGUUCUUGUCUCCAACGGGACUGCUGGGUACAGCCGCGCUGUGGACUGCUGGAGUUUAGGAGUUAUUCUUUUCAUCUGCCUAAGUGGGUAUCCACCUUUCUCUGAGCAUAAGACCCAAGUGUCCCUGAAGGAUCAGAUCACCAGUGGAAAGUACAACUUUAUUCCUGAAGUCUGGACAGAUGUCUCAGAGGAGGCUCUGGACCUUGUCAAGAAACUGUUAGUUGUAGACCCAAAGGCUCGGCUUACCACAGAGGAGGCCUUAAAUCAUCCGUGGCUUCAGGUCCAGCACAAGAUCUGAUGGCCCAAGUUUCAUCCCCAGACUCCACAAACUCCUGAAAGUUAUCCUCUGAUUCUACACACACACACAUAAGAUAAGUGAAAAAUGCAAUAAAAUAUUUUUUAAAAGGCGGAGGGUGAGGAGUGGUGGGGGGAAAGGGACAGAUCUAUGUGUUUGGGUUGUUGCCCUGGAAACACGAUUCUCCUCGCAGAAGAAAUCUGUCAGGUGACUUAAUGUUUACUCGACCACACAGAUCUGAAAGCAGCAAGGGCCUUAGAGACAAGGAGCCUGGAAACAAAGGUGUCUUUGCGGGUGGGGGUUUAACUCUGAUGAAAAGAGAAGCCCUCCCUUUGGCUCUUUUCACAUGCCUUAAUAGGGCAGCUUCUGGAAUCCAAACGGAGGCAGACACACUGCGUUGGCUUUCUGUGUUAGCUUUGGAAAAAAAAAAGCACGGGCUGGCCAGUUAGGCCUAGCAACAGGGUUUGUGUUUGCCUAAGAUGCAUGAGUCAGUGCAGCCCAUUUUGCUUGAACUUCUUUUUUUUUUUUUUUUUUUUUUCCAAGACAGGGUUUCUCUGUGUAGCCCUGGCUGUCCUGGAACUCACUCUGUAGACCAGGCUGGCCUCGAACUCAAAUCCGCCUGCCUCUGCCUCCCAAGUGCUGGGAUUAAAUGAGUGCGCCACCACCGCCCGGCUUGCUUGAACUUCUUGUCUCGGAAAAAAAAAAAAAAAAAAUUCUGUUAUUCACAAGUAAUUAAAGCUGAAGCUCAGCUCUCCUUCGCUUUUGAUAAAAUAGAAGAAUCCUUCCUGCUUGCUUUUGAGGGACGUUGUAACUUAAUAGUUUUGGGUGUGAUGUCUCCUAGGUUUACAGAAACCUUGCUGCUUGCUCUCAUGUUGAGAUGCUUUUCUCAUGUUCCUGUUGACCUGUUGCUUCUGAAAGCGUGCAGAUGGAUGCUUGUGAAUGCGAUGCAGAUGGAUACUCGUGAAUACGAUGCAGAUAGGUGCUCGUGAAUAUGAUGCAGAGAUAGAUGCCACAGGCCAUGAAUGGCCCUACCAGAUAGUGUCCAGAAGAAGGACGUUUGUGCUUAUUAGCUUUCUGUUAGCUGUUACACACCUAGAGAAAUCAACUUAGAAAGAGAAAAGGGUUGUUUUGUUUACUUUUAUGGGGGAGGUCAGUCCAGGAUUGAUGUGAGAAAACAGAGGAAGAGGCUCCGGGGAGUCAGCUCAAUGGAUAAAGUAUUUGUCUCACAAAUAUGAGGAGCUGAGAGAUUGGGGGCGCAGACUCCCCUGCAGCUCACAAGCCAGUUAGCUUGACUGUACACGGUGGUGAGCAACAAGAGACUCAAACGAGAUGGAAGUCGAGGACCAAUACCCAAGGUUGAUCUCUGACCUCUACAUGCAUGCUACAGCAUGCUGGGGAGACCUGAGAGGAUUUGUUUUAUUUUUAAUUGUGUGUGUGUUGUGUGUGUGUUCUUGUGUGCAUGCGUACAUAUAUCAGUGCGCACCCACUUUGUUUUAUUCACACAUUCAUCUCUUCAGAGCACCGUUCAGGUUUGAAACGCUGCUAGGCCCAUGAUAUACAGAGCAGAGCAAUACACAUGAGUGUAGUAUAUGAGCUUGGUGCCAUCCAGACAGGCGUUCUGUGAGCCACUCAAGAGUAACCAGUAAGACAAGGAAGUAGGUGCUGGCUCCCACAAAAUCUCUCGUGUUGGAAGCCUUUUAUCUUUGAUGCCAUGAGAGAGGUAGA